CACAUGACUGACUGUAAGUCACCACACCACUGGUCGGACUAGUUACCCGACCCUCGAGGAAGUAUGCUCUGUUCUCUUUAAGUCAGUAGUAAACAGAUUCCAUCUUGUCCUUUUUUCUCUCUCUAGCAAUCUAUCUUGUGUUCAAUCAGUUUCAUUUACAGCAGAACCAACAUGCGCUCAUCAGUCAAACAUUUUCAUGGAUAAGGUUGACUUAUGGCCUUAGAAGAUCACCUGUCAUGUGAUGUAAAUCGUUGCCAGUCACAUUCCAUGAGGGUGUUUAUGCUUCACGACACAGGUUCUAACGUAAAGAUGUACUUACCGCUCAACUACUGGGAUAUCCGUUGGAACAACUGUUGGGACACUUUUACUGAAGUAAAACAGCACUACCUCCUAAAAUGAGUCUCUCAGAGGUGAACGAGGCGGCCGCUGACGCAAACAGGCGUAUCUUUGAGGACCGUGACGCUGUAAAAGAGGCCGAAAGAGACAAAGACAGGCUCCAUCAGAAGAGACCAGUCUCCCCUGUACCCAGCUGUCUGUCCAUGAAGAGUGACUUUUCUAUGGAUGUACCUGUAUUUUUCGGACCGGAGAGACCAGUCUCCCCUGUACCCAGCUGUCUGUCCAUGAAGAGUGACCAGUCAGUGGAUGUACCUGUAUUUUUCGGACCGGAGAGACCAGUCUCCCCUGUACCCAGCUGUCUGUCCAUGAAGAGUGACUGGUCUAUGGAUGUACCUGUAUUUUUUGGACCGGAGAGACCAGUCUCCCCUGUACCCAGCUGUCUGUCCAUGAAGAGUGACCAGUCAGUGGAUGCACCUGUAAUAACAGAACCAAAAGUCCAAUGUGAGAAACUACAGGUUGAGGCUGCCCAGAAUCAACGAACGGAUCUGAACUCAAUAUUCAGGGUGCUUGAAGACCGGGUCGUUGUUUUGGUAAAACGUGAGUUGAAGAGGUUCAAGAGGAUACUGAAUGAAGUUCAGAGGGAGGUUGAGGAAGUGGUAGAUGGUGAAGAUGAGAAGCAGGAGAGCAGUGCCAGAGACGGGGCUCUGAAGAUCACACUACACAUCCUGAGGAACAUGAACCAGAAGGAGCUCGCUGACACACUGGAGAACAGUCUUCUAGGAGAACUUGUUGCAUGUCAACAGAAACUCAAAUACAAUCUGAAGAGGAACUUUAGGAAUGUGUUUGAGGGAAUAGCCAAGCAAGGAAACCCAACCCUUCUCAGUAAGAUCUACACAGAGCUUUACAUCACAGAGGGUGGAAGUGGAGAUGUCAAUCGUGAACAUGAGGUGAGACAGAUCGAGGUAACGUCCAAGAGACCAGCAACGCAAGAGACGCCAAUCAAAUGCAACGACAUCUUUAAACCUUUACCUGGACAAGACAAAGAAAUCAGGACUGUGUUGACAAAGGGUGUCGCUGGCAUUGGGAAAACUAUCUCUGUGCAGAAGUUCAUUCUGGACUGGGCUGAAGGAAAAGGAAAUCAUGAUAUCCAAUUGAUAUUUCCACUUCCUUUUCGAGAUCUGAACAUGAUGAAGGGGAAUAAAUACACCUUGAUGGAAUUUCUUCAUCACUUUUUCACGGAAACCAAAGAAUCAGGAAUCUCCAACUUUGACAAGUACAAGGUUCUGUUUGUUUUCGAUGGUCUGGAUGAGUGUCGACUUCCUCUUGAAUUCAAGACCAAUGAGCACUGUUGUGACGUCACAAAGUCAACGUCAGUGGACGUGCUGCUGACAAACCUCAUCAAGGGCAAUCUUCUUCCGUCUGCUCUCCUCUGGAUAACCUCCCGACCAGCAGCAGCCAAUCAGAUCCCUCCUGAGUGUGUUGACCAGGUGACAGAGAUACGAGGGUUCAAUGACCAACAGAAGGAGGAGUACUUUAAGAAGAGAUACCACGACGAGCAGAACAUGGCCAACAUAAUCAUCUCACACAUAAAGACAUCAAGGAGCCUCUACAUCAUGUGCCACAUCCCAGUGUUCUGUUGGAUCUCUGCCACUGUCCUAGAGACGCUGUUGGGUGACGCACAGAGCGGAGAGAUGCCCAAGACUCUGACUCAAAUGUACAAACACUUCCUGAUCUUUACCAUACUGCACAAAAAACAGAAAUUUCCCAAAGGACCAGAGGAAGCUGAGUCAGAUUCACAGAUGAAAACAGAUGAGGAGAUCCUCCUGAAACUGGGAGAACUGGCUUUCAGACAGCUGGAAAAGGGGAAUCUGAUAUUCUACGAGAAAGACCUGAGAGAGUGUGGCAUUGAUGUCACAGAAGCGUCCGUCUACUCAGGAGUGUGUACACAGAUCUUCAGAGAGGAGAAUGGGCUGUACCAGGAGAAGCUGUACUGCUUUGUUCAUCUGAGCAUCCAGGAGUUUCUGGGUGCUGUGUACGUGUUUGUCACAUUCAACAACGACAGUUUAAAUCUAAUGGCAGAACCUGGAACCACCACCAGAAACCACCAGAUGUCUGGUGACAACCUACAGGCAAACCUCCACAAGAGUGCAGUGGACAAGGCCUUACAGAGUGAGAACGGUCACCUGGAUCUGUUCCUCCGCUUCCUUCUGGGUCUCUCGCUGGACUCCAAUCAGACUUUUCUACCAGGCCUACUGACACAGACAGCAAGCAAGUCACAGACCAAUGAGAUAACAAUCAAUUACAUUAAGGAGAAGAUCAGGGAGAAUCUCUCUCCAGAGAGGUGCAUCAAUCUGUUCCACUGUCUGAAUGAGCUGAAUGACCGUUCUCUAGUGGAGGAGAUCCAAAGCUACCUGAGAUCAGGAAGUCUCUCUAGUGCCAACCUGUCACCUGCACAGUGGUCAGCUCUGGUCUUUGUGUUGCUGACUUCAGAAGAGGAGCUGGAUGUGUUUGACCUGAAGAAAUACUCCAGAUCAGAGGAAGGUCUUCUGAGGCUGAUGCCAGUGGUCAAAGCCUCCAGAACAGUCCUGCUAAACGGAUGUAACCUCACAGAGAGAUGCUGUGAAGCGUUAGCCUCCGUCCUCAGUUCAAACCCCUCCCAGCUGAGAGAACUGGACCUGAGUGAAAACGACCUGCAGGAUUCAGGAGUGAAGCUGCUCUCUGCUGGACUGGAGAGUCCGAACUGUAAACUGGAGACACUGAGGUUGUCAUUCUGUUUAGUCACAGAGGAAGGCUGUGGUUCUCUGGCUUCAGCUCUGAGGUCAAACCCCUCCCACCUAAGAGAGCUGGACCUUACCCACAAUCACCCAGGAGACUCCGGAGUGAAGCUGCUCUCUGCUAUCGUGGAAGAUCCACAAUAUAAACUGGAGAAACUCAGUGUGGAUCAUAAUUCCGAGUGUUGGUUAAAAUCAGCACUUAAGAAAUAUGCCUGUCAAUUGACACUGGAUCCAAACACAGCAUUCAAAAACCUCUCUCUGUCUGAGGAGAACAGAAAGGUGACACGGGUGGAAGAGGAGCAGACGUAUCCUGACCACACAGAGAGAUUUGAGAACUGGGAUCAGGUGCUGUGUAGAGAGGGUCUGACUGGACGCUGUUACUGGGAGGUGGAGUGGAUGGGGCAUGAGGUCCAUAUUGGUGUAACAUACAGUGGAAUAGGAAGGGAAGGAAGGGGUCAUGACUGUGGGCUUGGAUACAAUAACAAGUCUUGGACUCUUAGUUGUAAUAAUGAUAUUUACACUGCCAGGUACAAUAAGAAGCCCACAACCAUACCUGACCACGCCUUCCGCUCCCACAGAAUAGGAGUGUAUCUGGACUGGCCGGCCGGCACUCUGUCCUUCUACAGCGUUUCCUCUGACACAAUGACCCACCUGCACACAUUCCACUCCACAUUCACUGAGCCCCUCUAUCCAGCAUUUCGGAUCUGGUACUGUGGCGCCUCUCUGUCCCUGAGCCAGGUACUGCUGAGCCAGGUACCGCUGAGCCAGGUACCGCUGAGCCAGUUACCGCUGAGCCAGGUAUCGCUGUGCCCCAGUGAAUACAAAGAAAGUAUUUAAAUGACAAAUUAACUGUAGCUUUGACAACCAGAAGCGAAUCUUGUGGGAGCUCUGGCCUCAGGCCAGUGACAUGUUUUCAUCUGUCACAAGGGGAACUGUAGAGCACUUUAAAGUUUGGAUGUAGUUGACUUAGUUGACUGUAUUUUGUGUUCGAGUUAUUAAAGUAUCGAACUAUCAGUAUUCUGAGUUCAGUUAUAUGCUAGAUUUGGAGAAUGUAAAAUGUGACAUUUUCAGUUCUAGAUCUGGGAUAUUAUUACUAGUUAAAAAAGGCUUUUGUUUUGUAGAUCAAACUUUGAUGCGACAACACAUUUUUUAGUGUGUAAAGAUUCUGACGUUUAACCUGAGUUUUAUUCUUGGAUCGCUGAUUCACUCGUUCAUACCUGCCUGCACAGCAACGGGAAUGAGUUCAUUAUUGCCUGCCUUCACAGCAAAGGGAAUGAGUUAAUUUAACUGUGGAUUUAAAAUGUAGUGAAUAUUAUGUGUUGUCUCAAUGUAAAACUACACCACAAAGGAAGAUUCCUUAAAAAACAACACUCCAUCAGGGAGAAAGAGAGUGGCAGGUGGGGGCGUGGAGUAACGUAGUGAUGUUUUUCCAUAGAAUAUGUACAUUUAAAUAUCAAAUACAUUUUUAUUUUUAUAUGCCAAAGAAAAUGAAAGCGGUUCUUUUUUAAAAUUUGUUAUCUUUUCAAUAAAUAAAAAUGAAACAAGUCA